GGUAGUCCAAAAAAAUAUCGGUAGUCCAAAAACACGGAAAUUUCGAUGAAAAUAUCGGGAUAUUAUGGAUAUUUUAGACCAUGGUCUAAAGUAAGAGGGAAAUUGGCACUAUUCAUGUGAAUAGUUUUUUGGACCACAUUUCAGUUUAUUUGCAACACUGCCACUCGGCUACUUUAAAUCGAUUGUCUCUUUAUUUACAAAACUGCCACUCAUCCUUUUACCCUGAUUUCCACCCUCUGCAUUUCAACCUUUGCUCGAGGACAAAGAGCGGAGGGAGACAGAACGGCUGACAAAUUAGAGAGAGAAGACCAUGGCUUCGAUUUUUCACUCGAAGACAGCUGGGUGUGCCUGUGCGACAGGAGAGGAAGGGGACAGAGCGAGUGGAGAGGAUGGAAACAGAGAGACUGACUGAUUGGAGAGAGAUGGGAGCUACGGGUUUAGUGCCAGGAUCCAUAGAAUUUUCUGCGAUUUUAGAGAGAGGAAUGAACAGAGAGAGAGAUACAUAACGGAAAGCAUGCGUGUGUGCAUUGUUUAGGGUUCAGAGGUUACGCACAGAGUCGGUGAGGACGGGAUGGGUGAGGGAGGAAUGGCAGGGUGUGGGUUUUCAGCUUUCUCCCUUGAUUCAAAAGAUCCAACACAACCAUACAGAUUAAACCAUCCAUUCACACAGCAGCCACAAAAUAGACCAUUAGUCAGCUCAAGCAUACGCACUUUUUUUCAGAAACAGAGUCUCAUCCACUCGAAUCUGGAUUUCCUAGCAGCAGAAUUUUGGGUUGUUGGAGGAACAACUUGGUUGCUUGACAUUUUAAGGUUCACGUACAAGGUAAAGUUCCAUAAGGAGGUGGAAGCAGAAGAAUUGGCGUCACCCUUCAGUUUUUCAACCAAAAGGAGGAACCCUGAUUCUGGGAGGAAGAAUACGCUUCAUUGCCAUCUUUUGGUAUACAAUUCUGUACACUGAUUACAUAUUCAAAGCCUAAUUAGUUAUACACCAUUUUUUUUUACCUUUGCAAAGCUUUUGUACUUAGAUUUUAGAUAUGUGAUUAGUUUGUGAAGAAUAAACGAGAACACUAAUCAUGGGAACAUACUUCUUUUUCGAUUUUCUCCUCUGCAUUGUUUCUUGAAUGAAAUUGGAUUCAUAGAUGUAGGGAUGCAGCAAUGACUGAGGUGUGAAUAAAAGGUCUAGGCGUCACGAUUUUAGGGUUUAAAAUUGAUUCGAAAAUAUGAGAAAAAGCGCAUUCUCUGUUUUUUUUUUUUUUUUUUGUUCUGCUUGUUGUAGUGAUUCCAACUUAGUAUAUACCCAUUCUUAUAGAACCAUGAAUGGUGGUUGUUAAAUGUUGCGCCAUUUGACAAUCCAUAGUUCUGCAUUCCUUGAUUGUUUUUUGCAGUUUGCUGUUGUCAUUCCAACUCAGUUUAUACUUAUUUUCAUAGAACCAUAAAUGCUGGUUGUUAAAUGCAGUCCAAAUGUUCUAUUCUAACUCAAAACCCUCAUCUUCCAAAAAUGAACAGCUUCUCUGCUGAAAAUUGUUUCGUUUGUUUUACAUCUGUGGUAAACUCUGCAAUACAAGGCAACAAAAACCCUCUUUAUAAAUUAAUUUAUUCUCUCUGUAAAUGUUACAUGUACUGUUAGAUUGGUAACAGCCUAAUAAGAAUACUAACUGGACCUGUAAUUAAUGCAUGUAAAAAUUUAUGUAAGCAAUAUUUACAGAAGCAGCUUUCAGUUCUCAGCAAGAAGGAACUAUUUUGGUGCUGCUUGCUAGCGAGCUUACUCUUAAGCAUAUCGGCUCAAGUUUAGUCGUCCUUAAGCAUAUUGCCUCCAGUUUAGUCCUUAAGCAAAUCGGAAGUGAUUUAGCCCUUGAUUCUCAUUUGUUUUGUUCAGUCCAGUGGCAAGAAAAAAUAAGGGUGCCUGAAAAUCAUUUACCUAAGCAUAUAUGAUUAACAGCUUCCUUCACUGUAGAUUAAUAUCCAACGAUUCUAAAGUAAAUUAUAUCGUUUAUAUACUUUUGGUAGUAUGUCAUUACCAUAUGAUUUUGCUCCAACGAUUCUAACCUAUAUUAUAUCGUUUAUAUACUUUUGGUAGUGUGUCCUUGCCGUGUGCUUUUGCUGGAAAUGAUGUAUCCCUCCUUGGUGCUCUGUAAUGGGUCUGAGUUGCUGAAUUUCUUUCUUCUUUUUUGUGAACUUUUUUAUGCCUUUUUUGAAAUUCAAUCUGUCAUGUGCUCUCCUUUAUGCAUGAAAAACUGAUGACAGCCUUGAAAUACUAAAAUCACCAGCUACCCCAUAAUUUUCACUAAGCGUACUCCACAGUUAACCAUUAUUUGCUCUAUUUAGCCUAUUCCUUCUAAAAUCUACGUUAUCACCCUGUAACCCCUGUACUCAUUCAGAACCGACUGGGAUACCUCAUGCUUGCUUUAAGCCCUUAAAUUAAUAUGAUGACAGAUGAUGCAUUCCCGUUGUUAGCAGCUUUUCUUUCGUGAAAUGUAAAUUUGUCGUAGAUUAAGUUUGUUGAACUGUCCCAAGUAGAGUCCAUUUCACUAUGGCAGAUUGAGUUACUUUUCCUGUGUCCAUUUGUUUGCUCUUUGAAUUCUAACUCUCAAUCUCACUGAUUUGUUGUAGUUUAGAUCAAUGUCUCAUUGCAACAUCGUGAUCUGCUCUUCUUGCCCUACAUUACAAUAGUUCUACUUCAUUUCCUACAUUUCUCACAAGAUUGAUAUUAGCAGUAAUGUUUGCCUAACAACCAUAUUUUCUCGUCUAUGCUGAAAAAAUACUUAGUGUUUCUUGCCACACUCUAGUCAUAGAGGAUGGAUAUGAGGAUCCUUUCAUAGUUCCGCGAACUCUGAAAACUUUGGUCGGCCAGACAAAACAAUUUCAGCUCCUUUUGGAAACCAAAACACUAACUUUGGGAAAAUAAACUUGGAUAUGAGGAUCCUUUCAUAGUUCCGCCAACUCUGAAAAAUUUGGUCGGCCAGACAAAACAAUUUCAGCUAUCUUUUGGAAACCAAAACACUGACUUUGGGAAAACAGAGUUCAUCGUUCAUGGACUGCUACAAGAUCAACCACACUCAAACCCAACAAUUGCCUUAGUCACACCACAAACACCUAUUACCACUGCAGGAAAACAAAUUUUGACUAAAGCAACCCCAGCCCAUUUACACCUUCCCAACAACUACAUCAACAACCCCAACCCGCUACACCCACAAAGACUUCAAGGAAAACGUUGUUUCCUGAUCAAACGAAAAAAUCUGACAGGUUAAGUUCUCUUCUUGCUUAAUGAUCUCAUGUGUAAAUCUUACAAACCAUGGUUCUCUUAGGUAUAUAAAUAUGUUUUGCUGCUCAUGAAAAAGCUUCACACCACUCUUUCGCACUCUUUUGUCACUCUCGCAUUCAUCUCUAACCUUUUAAAUUUGUGCCUUGACUCAGCAAAAAACGUCGCAGCGACCAAACAGAAACAACAAAUUUUGCCAGAAUUGCUAGAGAAUUCCAUAAUCUGGUUGUCCCCAAAAUUGAACCAGUCGACAAAGUGUCGUUAGAUGCACUCAGAACAAAAUCUCAAAGCAAAAAACCCAAAGAUAGGUAACUUGCAAUUUAUUUUUCAUGCACACACCUAUGUAACAAACAUUAUAGUAGCGUUUCUUAAACUAUGAUUUAUACUUUUUGCUAUAGUGCGGAAGAUGACCACUCUAAAAAAAAGUGAACAAUACAAUCUCCGUAAUCAACUGCUACAAGCCGUUCUACAUGUUUUUAGC